CUUAUAUAGGUCCCCCGGCUUAUAUUGUUUAUUUUUCUCUUUCCGAAUUUUCCUGCACUACCCAGGUUGAGAUGAGUCAGGGUGGGAAUAGGGAGGGGGCUGGAGCCCCGGGUCGUGUACCGGAGCUAGAGGAUAGUCUCUGGCCAUGGAGGGAGAGAUUUCCGGAUUAAUAACAGCAUUUGGCAAGAUUAUGUCGCACAUGGCAGCACGGUCGGGAGGGGAGUGCGCUAUUGAGCCAGCUGGUGCUGCUUUGCCUCCCGUCACUGUCCGUGUGGUGUCUAGCCGCGCCCAGGUAAGAGAACUCCGGAGAGCCUUGCCUGAGAAGUAUGAUGGUCAUCUGGAGGGUUGUAAUGGUUUCCUUCUCCAAUGUGAAUUGUAUUUUGGAGAUGUGCCUUUUACAAAUUAUGAGAAGGUGACCACGAUAAUCACUCUUAACUGGGCGCACCCUCGAAUGGGGAAUGGAACAGUGGGUCUGGGGAAUUGAGGUGUUUUCUAAGUUGUGUUUGACCAGGGGCAGGAUGGGGGCGAGCAGCUUGUGUGCCUUAGGCAGGGAACGGGUACGGCCUCUGGGUAUGUUCCGGGCGGUGGUGUUAUCCAGUGGCUGGAAUGAGCUGGCUUUACGGGACACUUUUUGCAGGGGUCUGCGAACUGAGUUUCAGAUGCCGCUGAAACUCAGUGCUUCCAUGCCGCUGGACGACUACAACGUCCGGGCCAUUGCCAUCAACGGGCAGCUCCGGGACUGUGACCGCUUCCCUUCCAGGUGGUCCUCGGUUUCUAGCUUCCGUUGUACCACUGGGUAGGGGGUUCCAGUAAUGUCCAGGCCGUGGUGGAGUGGUUCAAGAAGUCUGGCGAGGUCUGGUACACCGCCAAUGUCUACCUGCAGGAGGCAGUGCGGCAUCAGAAUGUGCAGGUAGACCAGCGGCGGAGCAACGCAUCAGAGUUCCAUCCGGGGGACAAUGCAUGGUUGUCCACGAGGGUCCUCCUGCUCCGUCUGGCCUGUCAUAAGCUGGGUCUCCAGUACGUGGGGCUGCUCAAGGUCCUCUGGAAGGCCAGUGGUUCCUGGUCUGCUGGGGGGAUCCAGUCCUGCAGUGGCGCCUCUGCGCCCAGUGUUGGUAGCCGGGGGACCUCAACAAGGUUGAGGCGAUUCUAGAUUCCCGGUCCGCCCCGGCUAGUCCAGGGCGAAAAAUGCCUGACCAUGUGGACAGAGUAUGCCAUCAGCACCUUUUCACAGAAUUCUACGACCCUUUCUACUUGGCACCUUUCUACUGGGCUGUUUUGUGACUCUGUUUUUAAUGUACUUUAAACCGUCCACUAACUGGCUGUCAGGUCCUGUAGAGUCAACAGCAUCUUCUAUCCGGGUGAAAAAUCUAUUCUCUGCCAAGGACGACAAAAACCUGACCACUGUACUUGUCUGGCUUUGGCCCUUUGGCCAGACCUAUGACCUUGGCGUUUGCAGUUCUCUGUUCAACAUUGAGGGUUGUUUCAUCACCGCAGAUCGUAAUCUAUAUAAUAAGUCAGAUGGGGUUGUCAUACAUCACAGGGAUAUCUGUACUGAUCUCUCCAACUUGCCAUCUCUUCAGCGCCCCUCCUUCCAGAAGUGGAUAUGGAUGAACCUCGAGUCACCGUCCCAUUCCUCUCAACUGCCUGGUAUUGAGAACUUGUUCAAUUUAACUUUGAAUUAUCGUCAGGAUGCUGAUAUUGAAGUGCCUUAUGGGUCGAUUGUAACGGUCCAAGAUAUAAAGGAUUUUGUGCCACCGAGCAAAAGCAAGUUGAUCUGCUGGAUUGUCAGCAACUGGAACCCAGAUCAUGUGCGAGUGAAGUACUACAAUGAGCUCUACAAACACAUUGAGGUUCAUGCUUUCGGACAAGCUUUUGGGGAGUACAUUGCAGAUCAAGACUACUUCCCUACCAUCAGCAGUUGUAAAUUCUACUUGGCGUUUGAGAACUCAAUUCACAAAGACUACAUCACAGAGAAACUGUACAACCCACUGUCUGUAGGGACAGUGCCUGUGGUGUUAGGCCCACCAAGACAGAACUACGAAAACUUUGUCCAGGGUGAUGCCUUUAUCCAUGUGGAUGACUUUACUUCACCCAAAGAACUGGCUGACUAUCUCCUGCUUUUGGACAAGAAUGAGGAAAUGUACCUCAAGUACUUUAAGUGGCGACAACAUUUUAAGGUGAAAAAGGCAUACUUCUGGGCCGAACACACAUGCCUGGCUUGUGAUUAUCUCAGAAGGCACAAGGAAUACAAGGCAUUCAAAAACCUUGAUAAAUGGUAUUGGGGUGGAAUGUCUUGAAAGGCCAUAAAGUUGCUGUUUUUUGUGGUUGAAGGCAUUGGUGUUAAAUAUUUUCUGUCAUUACAUAUUUUUACAUUGUCUCCAAAAAAAAUUUCAUUGGUUAUAAGUGCCCAAAAUCCAUUCCGAUAAAAAAAUGUCAUCAGUUUAACUCAGCCUUACUUUAAAAACAGCAUUCAGUUUGGAUUUGCAUUAUGUUAUAGUCAUUUGUUCAUUUACAAAACAUUUCAUUUUCAUUAAUUACUUUUUUAUCUUUGACAAGACCACGUGCUGCUAUUACUUUAUGAUGUUCUUUAACUGUUUCGCCAAUAUGUGAGAACCAAGUUUGCAUGCCACAUAUUUCAUUUGGCAUUAUACAAGUAAUGAUUUGAAGUUGAAGAAAUAAUUGUUUAAAAAAAAUAUUUAUAAGAUAUUUAUUGAAUUGAGUCAUUGUAUGAUAAAAAACAUUUGUUUUAGUGAUAGUCAUCUAUGCAUUGUUUACAGAACUUCAAAUGUGAAAGUAGUUAAAUUGUGUCACCCACAGUAAAUUGUACAUUUGUGUAGUUUUUGAGAAAUAAGCCUCUUUUGGUUAUUUCAGCAAGGUUGCAUUUGCACUGCAAAACUGACACAAAUUUUUUAUCAUGUAUUUAUAGUAAUACAAUGUAGAAUGAAAAGGUGUGUCAGAGGGGUAUAUAUUACUAUUAUUAUACUAUUAGAGGAUUGUUAGUGGGCAUAAUCACAUGACAUGAAUUGCAGGUGUAUUAAAUGUUCCAUUAAUUUACCACUUUCAUCUUCUACCGCAGGGCUGUUCGAUCCUGUUUCUGGAGAUGUAGCAUCCAGUAGGUUCUCUCUUCAACCCUGGUUGUGACUAACCUGACUUUAGCUUUUCUUCCAGCUCGCUAUUAGAAUGAGGUAUACCAAAUUAGGGUUUAAGUGAAAACCUACAGGAUGGUAGCUCUCCAGGACCAGGAUUGAGCAGCCCUGUUCUAGUAGUAAAAUAAAAAGAGCACAAUAUUUACAUAAAUAGUGAAUCAUAUUGAUAAUAUUUUCCUCUGUGGGAUUGUGUACUCCUAUCUUAAAUAUUCUGCCCUCACAUCCAUGUUUUUACUAGAAAGGGUAAUUCUUUUUUUGGAUAAUUAUAUUCCUCAUUGAAAACUGAAAUGGUUCUAGCUUAAAUUGUUUUUACUUGGUUAGAUUUUCUUUUCCCCAUAUAUUCUGUUACCUCUGACUUUGAACUUAAAUAUACAUCCUGUUUUCCUGUCUUAUGUCAAUUAUGUAUUUUAGGUGCUUUAUUUACAUAAUCAUGAACUCUCACUAAGUUCACUACAAUUUUCAUGUCAUGAUGUAAUAUGCUAUUUAUUUAUUUUAAUUUCAAACUCAACUAACCAGCUCUCAGAACUUGGCAUUGUGAUUUAAUUGGAAAAUACUUUAUUUCAACUGUAUUUAAAAACAAAGUUAAGACAAUUCACAUUCAAUGUCAAUUUGCAAAACAAUUUCAUUUUGCAUCUGAAACCAUAAAAAAAAACAGUUAAUGUAAUUUGCCUAUUUAGGGCUAAAGGGGCAAUAUAUUGAUUUUUUGCAUUAUAACAUCAGGAAAAUGUCCAUAAUAUCUGCAGCAAUUGAGAAAUAAUAGUAUUUCACAAUAAUAUUUAUUCACCAGAAAAUAUUUUGGGUGCAUACAAAAGUGUACACUAAAAUGCAGAAUUUCUCAAAGUACACUAUUUAAAUGGAAAAGCUAUACUCUCCCUCUCAGCCAUCUGCCCCACCAAGAAACGUGAUCAUGUUCUCUUCCAUUCCAUCUAAGAACAAUGGCAGAUUGAGGCAAGUGAAAACACUUAAUAGUAUAGGGAAUUAUUGUGCUAAAUGAUUUGCAAUGAAUUAUAAAAAAUGUAUUUAUUGUUUUUCUGGGUUUUGUACCUGGUAAUUCAAAUGUAAAUGUAAAACGUAUUAUCCACAAGUAUAAGGUAAAAUGUUUUAUAACAGUCAUUUGGUGGAUAUUUUGAUUCUCUUGUAAAUUUCCAUAUAGAAAAAACAAAUAUCGACUGAGUGUCCAUUCCCCAAUUUUUUUUACCUUGCUAGAUUGUGGAGAGUUGGUUUAAAUGGUUGUUUCUGAAAUUCAGCGGUUCCAUAUAGAGAAUACAUUUUACACAUUGCCCAUUUAAAUUCCUGACUGAUGACACCUGUCUAAAACACAAAACACAAAAAAAUGUUGAAACAAUUGUUUUUCUAGACAGAUUGCCGUGCUCAUUAUUUUAUUAGUCAUUAAAUUCUUCAAAUUCUUGAAGCCAACAAUCCUUCAAUAAUUUAUUUUCCAUAAUCUUUGAUCCACCUGGAUCAUACAAUAAUUUUGCACUAGAACAUUUGUAGUGAUAGCAGUAUAGAGAUUGACUGAAUGAGCCAUUGAGAAAUCAGAAAUUGAUUAGUUCCUUUGAUAUAGAGCCUAGUAGUAAUCACAUAAAAGCAGUCUAAGGAUCAGUGGUUACCUAACAUAAAUGUCUUCAUUUACCAAAAUAAACAUCAUAAAUUAUUUUAUAUUCUUUACACCGAAAAUCAUUUUAGUUUUUUUUGGCUAACCUUUUAUGUUAAUUAAGUAAUAAGCCACGAUGGGGUGUGGUAUAUAGCCAAUAUAUCAUGGUUAAGAGCUGUUUUUAUUCAAGAUACAUUGAGGAGUGCUUAGACAGAGCACAAGAUGCCUUAUUGCGCAUUUAAAACAGUUACCAACACAAUUAGAGCAAUAAAAGUGAUGUUAUUUCAUAUCCUUUGUAGGUCUUAUAUAUAAUGGCUAUUAACCAAUCAGCAUUCAGGUUUCAAAUCACCCAAAUCACCAUGAUGGUGUCACAACACUUUAUUUGAUGGUUGACCACAUAAAACAUUUUAUCAGCAAACAUAAACUAUUAAUAAUGAAAUUGGAAGCAUAACUACCUUCAGAGUGCAUUCAUGAAGUAUAUUUGUUUUUAGUGAAAUUAUGAAAUAAGAACCUUUUGGGCAGAACAUUUUAUUGUUAACUCAAUGUUAUCUGUUACUUACACUAUUUACAGUGGGGAGAACAAGUAUU